CCAGCGGGUAAUUACGGUCACAUUGCGAGUGUAUUGAUUUGAACGCGCUGUUUGCUAUUUUUAAAGGUGUGAUUUUGACAUGAGGAAUGGAUUUAUACACAGUGGCCAACAUUUUCAACUACAACUACUCAAAAUGCUUAUCAAUUACGUAAUGUUUACCUGUUCAUCGGGCUCGACGGUUUCUACGACUGUCACAGUGGAGGCAGUCGGUUCUUGCAUCGCUUGAGAAGGAGAUGGAUCCGUCAUUUUUGCGGAACUAAUCGAACGCAAGUAUUAGCAAGCAACAAAUUCCAAGCCACUUAAUCGACCAGUUGAUUGAAGACAUCAGAACAAUUCAAUUCGAUCAAAAUGAAGCAAUCCGUUUAUUAUUUCGAUAUUGUUGAUUAUAUUAUUUUUGGGGCUAUGUUAUUUCUGUCGGCCCUGACAGGUAUUUAUUUUGGGUGUAGAGGAAAAAUCAACAAGAAGCGGGAACCAGAAUCUCUUAAAGAUUAUCUAACAGGAAAUAGAAAUCUCAAACCUUUUCCGGUUGCCAUGUCGCUAAUUGCAAGUUACAUAUCAGGGGUUACAAUGCUUGGAACCCCGGCUGAAGUGUAUAAUUUUGGAGCUCAGUAUUGGUUAAUAGUUUUUGCAAUGUCCCUUAGUGGGCUUACAGUGGCUACCGUUUAUCUACCAGUAUUUACCAAACUACAAGUUUGUUCUUCAUACGAGUAUUUGGAGCUAAGAUUCAGCAAGAUCCUACGAACAAUAGCGUCCCUUUUAUUCCUAUUAGACGAAAUCAUGUUUUUGCCAAUGUUGAUCUACGUUCCAUCUCUUGCAUUUAAUCAAGUCUCUGGAGCAAAUCUUCAUGUGAUUGGUGCAAUCGUCUGUACAGUUUGUAUCUUUUAUACAAUUUUGGGUGGUUUGAGAGCUGUGGUUUACACCGACACUUGGCAAACUGUAGUUAUGUUUAUUUCUGACAUGGUGGUCAUAAUAUUGGGAGUCGUUGCUGUGGGAGGAAUAAGUGUUAUUAUUGACCGGUCCUAUGCUGGUAAUAGGAUUCAAUCACUGAAUUUUAAUCCCAGUAUGUAUGAGAGAUAUACAGUAUUUAGCAUUCUGAUUGGAGGAUUUACAUACUGGACUUCCUUCAAUGCUGUCAACCAGACAAUGGUACAAAGAUACUUAUCUCUACCAAAUAAUAAAGAGGCUAGAAUAGCUAUAGCUAUAUUUACAGUAGGUGUUGUAUUUUUUAUAUCAAUGUGUUGCUUUGCUGGCCUUCUUCUAUUCAGCACAUAUCAUGACUGUGAUCCUCUAGUAGCAAGCAGAAUAUUAAACAGUGAUCAAUUACUUCCUUUAUUUGUUGUUGAAACUGCGGGGCAUUUAAGAGGCGUUCCUGGACUUUUUAUUGCUGGUGUUUUUGGAGCUGCAUUAAGUUCUUUAUCUGUUGUCUUAAACUCAUCAGCUGUUGUUUUGUUAGAAGAUUUUUUUCGCGGAGUUUGUCAUUGCAGUAUAACGGAGAAGAAAGGAAAAUUAUUUUCGAAGUGCAUAGUAUUAAUUCUAGGAGUUGCAUCUGUAUGUCUUGUUUUUGUUGUUGAAAAAAUGGGUGGAGUUUUUGAAGUUGCAACUUCUCUUUCGGCAAUUGUUGCAGGAACAAUGUUUGGUGUCUUUACCCUUGGAAUGCUAGUACCUUGGGCUAACGUCAAGGGGGCAAUAGCGGGAGCAGUUUGCGGUUUUUUAAUGUCUUGUAUUGUCUCUUACGGGCAAAUGUAUGUUGCUUCUGCCAAAAUGGUAGUUCCUCGCACACUUCCUGUGUCUAUAGAGGGCUGUGCUGCAACUUAUGGUCUCAAUGUCACCGAACCGCCUGAAAUAGAGUAUCCGGAUGAAAGCACAGUUUUUCCCCUGUUUCGGUUGUCUUUCCUGUGGAUAACACCCAUAGGUGUUUUCACUGUGAUCGUUGUUGGUAUCAUAACGAGUUUUCUAACGGGAAAAACUGACUUGAAAACUUUGGACCCGGAGCUAAUAUCUCCCGUAAUGCAUUGGGUACUGCCUAAGGAGGCACAAAAUUAUGCAGGUUCUGCUGUGAGGAAAAUUAAACAUCAACGAUUGUUUGGAAGUGAGGCAAUUGUAACGCCUUCAGUAACAAUGAAUUUAAAUGAGAGAAGGGAAACGGAAAGUCCAGACAACAGAUAAAAAACAAAAAGUGUUGUGUGAUUUUCUGAAAAUUAUCUCCAUUUUGUAUAAAUGUUGUAUGUACUUGAUGUAAAAAACAUUUUAUUAAUAAAAUCUAAAUGUAAAGCUUG